GGGUGCGCGCGCAUUCUGGAUCUCUUUCGGACGGUGUCCGGCGGGGUUCAUUUCCCCUUCUUCCACCGCUCCUUGGCUUUUUUGAAAAGUGCUGAGGCCUGGAAAAGCGAAGCGUUACCCAGAGAGGGGGGAGGGGGGCUUAAAAAAGGUGGCGGUAGGCCGGCGGUGGCGGCAAUGUCCGUGAGGAGCAGCCAGGGGGGUGCGGCAGCGUUGCUGGUGACAACGACGAUAGCUGCAGCGGCUGCCGCCGUCGCCUCUGGGGUACGCGGCCUGCCUCUCUCCUCGCCCGCAGCUCUCCAGUGUCUUCACCGUCCUCGUCGCUGGGCUCUGGCGCCGGGCUGGGCCCGAGAUUGAGCCGCCCUGGGCUAAGCCCGGGCGGGAGCACACCGAGACUGAGGCCGGGGAGAACGUGGAGCUGCCCGCAGGCAGCCUCGGCUUCUGCCGCCUGAGCAUGGGAAUCCUCUUCACCCGGAUAUGGAGGCUGUUCAACCACCAGGAGCACAAAGUGAUCAUUGUUGGCCUUGAUAAUGCAGGAAAAACAACCAUACUUUAUCAGUUUUCUAUGAAUGAAGUGGUGCAUACAUCCCCAACUAUCGGAAGCAAUGUGGAGGAGAUAGUGGUUAAUAAUACGCGCUUUCUCAUGUGGGAUAUUGGAGGCCAAGAGUCUCUUCGAUCUUCAUGGAAUACAUACUAUACAAACACUGAAUUUGUAAUAGUUGUUGUGGAUAGCACAGACAGAGAGAGAGUUUCUGUAACAAAAGAAGAACUUUACAAAAUGUUAGCACAUGAGGAUUUGAAGAAAGCAGGAUUACUUAUCUUCGCUAACAAACAGGAUGUUAAAGACUGCAUGACAGUAGCUGAAAUUUCCCAGUUUCUGAAGCUAACUUCAAUUAAAGAUCACCAGUGGCAUAUCCAGGCAUGUUGUGCUCUUACUGGAGAAGGAUUGUGCCAAGGACUUGAAUGGAUGAUGUCAAGACUUAAGAUCAGAUGAUUUUUACUCUGUACAGACAUUAUACAGAAAAAAACGCUGUAUCUUUGGUUAUCUUGACAGAUGUGAAUUAAUGGCUCGCACCUAUUUAUAAAUCAAAACUGAUUUCAUCUUUAUUUGCUACUUAACACACUAAGGCCACCUCCACUGAGGAGGAAAAAAUUUUAAAGUUCAAGCAUGGCUUCCCAGAAGCUUCCUCUGGAGUCCAGAUGCUGCAGCUGAUUCUUUUUUAAAGUGAAAUCACUUGAGACUGUUUAGUAAAUAAUGUGUGUAUGAUGAGAAUGAAAGGGGGAGGGUAUUUUAACUUUUACAUUUUAUUAUUCCAGUCUAACUCAGUGGGAAAUGUUGACUUUAUUCCAGUAAUCAGUAAAGAAAAUCAGUGGCACAGGUAUUGACUCUACAGUAUUGAUACUUACUCAUAUGUGUUACAGAAGCAGAAAUAUUUUCCUGAAUGUGUACUGUACAUUUUGUAUUAUACCUCAUGUUAAUGUCGAUAGGAAUCUGUACAGAGAAAUGGUAAGUACCACUGACUCUCUCCUCACUCUUGACACCAUCUGCAUCCUGGUUAAACUGCGUGGAUUGAAGUCUGUGGAUUCAAGUCACUCAAGUCCUGUUGAAUUCAACAAAACAAUAUUAUUGGUCUCAAUCAAAAGUACUCUCGAGUUUGUGAUCCUGGCUGUGAAAAAUGGUACCCAGAAGGAUAUUGCUGGCACUUCAUUUGUGUAUUGUAAUAAUUUCCAUUCUACUAUUGUGUCAGUGGUGGUGGUAAAAUUCUUGGUAAUUAUUUCUAUUUUCUUUCUAUUUACAAGCAUUUGCAGCUAGGAAUGAUCAGACCAGAAACAGGAUGAGAUUUAAUGCUUAAUUCUGGCAUUUAAGUGUACCAAGCAAAUAAAAUUUAAAGGGACCUCUUUAAAAAAGCAUUAAAAAAGUUGAUUUCUUCAUUGUGCUGAUUGAAAAUUUGGCAUAAGUAAUACAACAGUUUUGCAUUUACACAAAGACAUGAUGUUUUCAAGCUUUUUUCUCUACCCCAAAGAAGUAGUCUAAUUAGUAACUUUACAUUAAGCAUUCUCUGGGGGAAAUAAAUGUGUACAUUUAUAACAA